AUGUGCGUGGAGGCGGCUCGGAGGUAUAAGGCCCGGUGCGUGGGGAUCGAGCUGGACGACGCCCUGGUGAAGGAGGCCCGGCUCAACGCCCAGCGCGGCGGACUCGAUGAUCGCAUUACCAUCCUCAAGCAAAACGCACUUGAAGUCGACUACACUGAUGCGUCGGUGGUGACGAUGUACCUGAGCGAGCACGGCAACAAGAAGAUGAAGCAAGUGUUGAGCCGCUGCCUCAAGCCCGGCGCCCGCGUCGUGACCUACCAGUUUCCCGGUACAUCUCCAUCCCACACCCACGACACGCACUCACCUUCGAUCUUCACAACCGCAUCUAAUGGCGAUGAUGGCGAUGAUGGCGGGCGUCAAGUGGCGGGAUGGCUGCCGGACAAGGUGCACAACCUGGCGUCAGGGCAGCGCCUCUUCCUCUUCCACCACCCGCCCAAGACCAGCAAUAAUGAUAAUAAUAAUGAGAAUUCUUGA